ACCUAACGUCCCCGCUGACGCCGCCGGGCCCGGGCCUCCCUUCCCCCUCAGCGCCGCUACGUGAACGGGAGGAAGGGCAGUGAGGCCUAAGAGAGAAGCCAGGCAGCCAGGGCGGCCGAAGCUCUCGACACUGAGGGCAAGAACAGUUCAGUGGGCGCUCCAGCCGCCACACUUGAGGCUCGCCAGGGAGGGCGCCGGCAGAUAUAACCCCGGCAGCGCCAGCGCCACACCGGCUGUCGGGACGGAGGGCGUGAAGGCCCCGCCCGGCGCCCGCCUUCCUCAUCCCGUCAGGUCGCGCAUGCACCCGGCGGUCGCCGGGGAUUUCCCGAUGUGCCGGGCAGGGGCGGCGCCGGCCCGCGGUGCAUCGGUUCUGUUUCGCCGUUGCCGGGCACUAUAUAGGCCAGGGCGCACAUUAGCUCGCUAGCUGCCGACGGCCCCGCUGGAGAGCGUUUUGUUCCACCUGAAAGAAUUAAAUGAUUGAAAUGAUAGACACUUACAUUUUCUUCUUGCAAACAGUCACUAUCAACAUGGAGGCGUAGACACCUUAGAAGGGACAUCAGUCUGAACUCUGGGAGGUAGUUCUGUGCACAAAUAAAGAAAGGCUUCAAUUUUACUUUUUUUUUAAUCUGAGGAUUCUGUUUGCUUUUGUAUGCCAUAAACAUGGUGUACAGAAGAAACUCAAUUGGACAGUACAAAGCAUUAGAAUGCCCCGACACAAGGCAAAUCAUUUAUGUUAAAUUUGAUAACUUUAUGCUUCUAACUAAAGCACCAGGUUAAAACUGAAACCCUGUUUGGUCUGUACUGUUAUAUAUAACCCUGUUAUAGACAGAAGAGCCUGAGGCUAUCCCAGGCUUGUGAAUUACGACAGUUCAUCUGUGUCAGAGACAGUGUAUAGGAUUUGUUUAUCUCGUAGCUGAAUAUUUGAUAUACAUGGAGUUGAGUAUAAACUAACUUCUUUAGUCUUAACAGUUGUUACAACAAUGUGCAGAAGUUGAGCGGUCUAGCAGCAGCAAAUGUACCAAAUCAGUAACGUCAGUUCAGGGGCUCUUUCUUUGUGUGCCUUUUGAGCUUGACAAACCAUUAUUUUCAGCCCCCUAAUGGGUUUUUCAAAUUAAAAUCCAGACCUGUUUAUAAGCUGCAUAUUUAUCAAUGGUCUAGGGUGAAAUAGUUCUUAAAUCAUUGCACAUAUGUUCUAGUUAAAAGCAACAGCAUUUUAUUUGCUUCUUUCUUUAGUUUCUUUAUUGGCAAAGGAUUUUGAUCAACCCAUUUGAGAUAUUUUUCCCCUGCACUAGCCUGACAAACUGAUACUGCUCUCCCAGAAGGACAGUGCAAGGAAAGGGUGCUGUGCCUGUGUGAUUCAAGGGGAAGGAAGUUCCUUCUGAUGUGCUUUCUUCAGUUUUCAAAAUGGGAUGGGGCAGCUUUUGCACUGGAAGAAGUUGUGUAAACUAAAGUAGAAGAACUUCACAGGUGUUCAAAGGAUAUUAAUCAUGAGACUAAUUCCAUCCAAAGCUGCACAUUAAAAGUACAGAUUCUUACUUUUGUACAGGCAGGGGUCAUUCCAAAUUGCCUUUAAUGCACACAACUACCUCCCAGAGGAAGACUUGUCCCAUUCUUCCAAAAAUAGUCCAUUAUGAACAUAAUGGAAGAUAGCCCUUUCUUGGCUAGCAUCAUGAAGCAGAGUGCCGUGUGUGGUGAACUGAAGUACGACUUAUCCUGUGAGCUCUACAGAAUGUCAACGUUUUCGACUUUCCCCAGUAACGUGCCAGUGUCAGAACGGAGUCUUGCCCGGGCUGGGUUUUAUUACACUGGCAUGCAAGAUAAAGUUCAGUGCUUCAGUUGUGGCUUGACAUUAGACAACUGGCAGCUAGGAGAUAAUGCUAUGGAAAAACAUAAACAGCUGUAUCCUAGCUGCAGUUUUGUGCAAGACAUGCUUUCGGUUAACAACCUUGGAUUGUCCUCUUGUUCUUCCUUCUCACCUUUGGUCGCAAACAGUCUCUCACCAUCUCUGCAUUCCAUAACGCUUUCUCCAAGUUUAGAACAAGUGGGAUAUUUCAGCGGCUCUUUUUCCAGUUUUCCUCAAGACCCAGUAACUACUAGGGCAGUUGAAGACCUUUCAUUCUUGAGACCUAAGCUUCACAACCCUUCUAUGAGUACAGAAGAUGCUAGACUGCGCACUUACCACUCAUGGCCGCUGACAUUUCUCUCUCCUGCUGAUCUGGCAAAGGCUGGACUUUAUUACUUGGGGACAGCAGACAAAGUUGCUUGUUUUGCCUGUGGUGGUCAGCUGAGUAACUGGGAACCAAAAGAUAAUGCCAUCUCAGAGCAUCGGAGACACUUUCCUGGCUGCCCUUUUGUGGAGAACCUUGCUCGAGGGCAGCCAAGUUUCAAUGUUUCCAACCUGAGCAUGCAAACCCAUGAAGCACGGGUUAAAACCUUCAUCAAUUGGCCCACCAGAAUCCCAGUUCAGCCUGAGCAGCUUGCAGAUGCUGGCUUUUACUAUGUAGGCUGCAAUGAUGAUGUCAAGUGUUUUUGUUGUGACGGCGGGUUAAGGUGCUGGGAGUCUGGAGAUGAUCCGUGGAUUGAGCAUGCAAAGUGGUUUCCGAGGUGUGAGUAUCUGCUUCGUGUCAAAGGAGGAGAGUUUGUAAGUCAAAUUCAGGCCAGAUUCCCCCAUCUUCUUGAACAGCUCUUAUCAACCUCCGAUACACCUGUAGACGAAAACAUCGACCCCCCCAUUAUUCAUUUUGAACCUGGAGAGUGUCACUCAGAAGAUGCUAUCAUGAUGAAUACGCCUGUGGUUAAAGCUGCCUUGGAGAUGGGAUUCAGUAGAAGGCUAAUAAAGCAAACAGUGCAAAGUAAAAUCUUGGCCACUGGAGAAAACUAUAAGACUGUCAAUGAUCUUGUGUGUGAUCUGCUCACUGCUGAAGAUGAGAAGAGGGAAGAGGAAAGAGAGAGACAACUUGAAGAAGUGGCAUCAGAUGAUUUGUCCCUGAUCCGGAAGAAUCGAAUGGCUUUGUUCCAGCGUUUGACCUGUGUACUUCCCAUCCUUGGGAGCUUGCUAUCAGCUAAAGUGAUUACAGAGCUUGAGCAUGAUGUUAUUAAGCAGAAGACUCAGACACCACUGCAAGCAAGGGAGCUGAUAGACACAGUUCUAGUGAAAGGAAAUGAAGCAGCCACCAUAUUCAGAAACUGUCUACGGGAUGGUGACCCUGUGCUGUACAGAGACUUAUUUGUGGACAAGAACGUGAAGUGUCUUCCCACAGAAGAUGUUUCAGGUUUACCUAUGGAAGAACAAUUAAGAAGAUUACAAGAGGAAAGAACAUGUAAAGUUUGCAUGGACAAAGAAGUUUCUAUUGUUUUCAUCCCAUGUGGUCACUUAGUGGUGUGCAAAGAAUGUGCCCCGUCCCUUCGCAAGUGCCCGAUUUGCAGGGGGACAAUAAAGGGUACAGUGCGGACAUUCCUGUCCUAAGGAGGGAAACUUGCCAAAGGUCUGUUCCUGCCAUCCUCCAACUGCUGAAGUUAAAGAAUGGAACGUUGUGUUACAGAAGAUGAUUAACCAACUACCUAACAGUGUUGUGUAAAAGUAAACUGUAACCAUAAGGAUGAGCACACUAGACCUUUCUUGUUAAGUCUAUUUCUGUUCAUAAAACUAACUCAAUACUAAGGUGAGGUUUUGUAUCUUUCCUUUGAGUAAGGAAAACAGCUUCACCAGUAUGCUCUUAUGUCACUUGGAAGAACAACUUUCUGGUUGAGUUCCUAAAAUGGUGCUUGGUGUAACUCUUGUCAUGAGUUUCCUUCACAUGGGUGUGAGGAAAUACGUUAAGCUUCCUGUUAAUAAUAGUUAACUUCGGCUCCUGUUUUGGUUUUGUUUUGGCUUUCGUGUGGACUUAAGGGGAAAAGAGGAUGACUGUUACAAGCACACCAGGACUUUUGAAGAGUUUUGUUCAUGUCUAGAUACUUGUGUAAUGUGUACUAAUAAUAGUUUAUAUGAAGACUGAAUUAAAAUAUUUCUACUUCUCCAAUGA